CUUACUCACAUCCACAACAAGAAGGGCACAUUGUCUCUUGAGCCUGUUCUUUACAGUGGGUUUGCAGAAAUGGCAUUUAGAUUAAAUGUGAUUGCAUAUAGGGCAGAGUAAUUUAAAACUUCUAAAAUGACUAAUUUCAGUAAAAGGCUAAGAACGAGACAAAAUAGGAUUAUGGAACAAAAAAGAUAUUGCGGAAUUGGUACAAGCAAACAAUAAGGAACAAAGUUACUGAAAUCAAUAUCUGACACCAGAAUAGUAAAGUGAAUAUGGAAGUCCGUGUAAUGCAGAUUUGGGGAUUUUUUCUGACUGCAAUGGGCUGGAUAUUCAUUGCUUGUUCUUUAGCUAUGGAGGGAUGGAAGGUGGCUGCUGUUGGUGGCCAGGGUGGCAGCUCUGUUGUCUACAUUACUUGGUAUUGGUCCAGUCUGUGGCGGACUUGCUCCACUACCGCUAAUGCCGUCUCCAACUGCUAUGACUUUCCAAUGCUCUGGUCCGUUGAGAAUUAUGUCCAGAUUGUGAGGGCACUACUAAUGGGUGGAGUAUCCAUUGGCAUGCUGGGGUUCAUUCUGAGCUUAGUAGGGAUGGAAUGCACAUACAUAGGGGGCAAACAGAAAGAGAAGAACAGAGCCAUCUUCACUGGAAGCCUCUGUCAUAUGACCAGUGGUGUGUUGUCUGCAGCUGGGUAUGCAGUCUAUGCUCGCAACAUUACAGCAGAAUUCUUCAACCCUAGUUUUGAAUUAAAGUUUGAUCUUGGCACACCAUUGUUUGUUGGAUGGGCUGGCUGUAUAUUUCAGUUCACAGGAGGUCUCUUAUACAUGGUUUCAAUUUAUAAGCUCUGGUCUCUGGACAGGAGGAAAUUUGUGGAUAUAGCUCCUGCUGAAGCUGUAGCCCUGCAAUCCAUCCCUACAAAUAUCUCCAUCUCUUCUGAGCCUAGCAGAUCCACUGUGUCUAAGCUCUCCUUAAAAUCAUCUUCCACUGUGUCUUGUGACUCAGAUAACUCUCACCAUCUUUCUAAAGCCUGAUCUCACACACACACACACACACACACACACACACACACACACACACACACACACACACACACACACACACACACACACACACACACACACACACACACACACACACAGAGUAUAUAUUACAUUGUGUAUCCUGUUUAUAUUAUUUUAGAAAGCUUUAGAUUUUCUAUGCUUUUUAUGUCAAUGCUUUUACAGAAUUAAUAAUAUUUAAUUCAAAUACUUAAUUCAAAUGUGUACUGUACCUAAAGUUAUGCAAGCAAAAUUAACAGAAUAAGCCAGGCUUAUCAAGAUAAAUGCCAAAAAUGUAAAUGUUAGAUAACUUGCUUUGUAGAAUACCCCCCACCACCCUUGAUGACCUUACUAAACUGUGUUUCUGUUUGUCUUCUUGUUGAAUGUUUGAACAAAUAAAAGUGAGUGUUAAAAUC